GAAAUGUUGAAAUGCAUACCUCAUUGAUGUCUGCGGCUGCAGUCUACAAGACACAGUGCUGCCUUAAUGGUUCUAGGCAGUGGAUCAAGACGCGUGAAGUUCCCUUUUACUGUGGGGUUGGACCUCUGAAUCUAUGCUAUGGUAAUGACAGCGAAGUGAAGCUGCAUAUUACAAAUGUAGAUGAGGAGCUCAGGUUCAAUCAAGGUGUGCUUAACAAGGGCCUAUGA